AUGGGCUUGAUUUUUCUGACAUUCUCUGCUAUCCUUCAAUUUCUCCUUGUUCGAGGAACGGACAUCGAGGGUACCAUCGUUGCACCAAUUGACGCAUCUCCCAAUUGGGCUGUUGAAACGAAGGUUCGCGUCGAUGGGAACCGUUAUCUUGGUUUCAUCAAGCCCGAUGGCAGCUUCAUCAUCUCCGACGUUGCUCCUGGCUCAUAUCUGGUGGAGUUUACCAAUCCCACUUUCCUCUUUCAGCCUGUGAGGGUUGAUAUUAAUUCCAAAGGAAAGAUCCGAGCUCGAAGUGUCAACGUGCUACGAACCACAGCUGUGAAAGCCAUAACCCAUCCCCUUCGCAUUACAACUGUCGGCAAAGCCAUGUACUUUCAGCCUCGUGAACAGCUCCGUACCUUGGACCUACUUCUCAAUCCCACGGUCUUAUGUAUGGUUAUACCCCUCCUUUUCGUAAUGCUUAUUCCCAAACUCAUGGACACCAAUGAUCCAGAAUUUAAGGAGAUGCAGAAAAACAGCAUUUUUGGUGGUCGCAGUGCUGAAACACCAGAUAUUAGUGAUUACCUCUCAUCAAUGUCACUUUUUGGUGGGAGUGGCACCAAAAAACCACCCCCGAAAAAGGCGGUUACAGCACCCGUUACGUCUACCCACUCUGCGGGUCAGGAGUCCCGUAGAAGUGGCAAUCCCCGAAGACGCAAUUAA